GAUGUCACGGCGGACCAGUUUGCGGAAGACUACUACAACUCGUUGCAAUCGCUCACGUUCAACUCGAGACCGAUCAUCGAGUCACACACCAACCUAGCCCAGGAAAACAGCACGUUUGCACCGCAGAUCACCGCUGCAAUUGAGAAGAGAAUCGAUAAGGCCAUUCCGUCGCAGAAGUUGUUCUCGCUGUACUUGCUGGACUCGAUAUCGAAAAACAUCGGCCUCCCCUACACCUCCCUCUUCUCGAACAACAUCUUCAAGACAUUCACGAGAACAUACGGACUAGUCGACGAUCAGACGAGAUGCAAGUUGAUCAAGUUGUUCAAGACGUGGAAGCUUCCGACCGCCCUGACCGGGUUGCCCUUGUUUGAUUCGAACCAGUUGGACAAAAUCGAGCAGUUUUUGAUGAAGGUCACGGCAGCUUCGAAUCCUGGUAUAAAUUAUGUAUCAAGCCUAAACUCUUCUAACUCGAAUUCGAAUUCGAAUUCGAACUCAAACGCCUCCACCCCGAACUCCACCCCGAUGAGUAUGAACAUGGCUGUCAACUUGAAACCAAAUUUGAUCAAAGAAACUGACGAUCUUUUAGCAUUGGUCAGCUCGAGGCUGAAAUCCGUUCCAUCCGAUGAAAAGGGCCAGCAGAGACACAAGUUGUUGAACCAGUUGAAGAGCAUUCUCAGCUCAAAUUCGGCAAUUCCGAAAUCCCAGCUCGACGAGGUAGCAAAACAAUUACAGUCGAUCAGAGAAGAUGAAAUCUUGAAGUUGAAUAUAUUAAGGCAGCAGCAGCUGCAACAACAACAACAGCAACAGCAACAACAACAACAGCAGCAGCAGCAGAAAAGUAACUUUUCUGCAUCACAACUACAGAGCCUGCUAAACUUCGGUAAAGAUAACAACCAGACAUCUGGAGUUCCCCCAAACAAUGCCGCUAGUGCACAAGCUUUGUUCAAUAUGAUGAGCUCGGUGAUAGGGAAAAGUCCACCUGCAUCGGGUUCUAACGCACAAGCCAUCAACAACAUCAACAACAACAACAGCAGCAGCAACGGCAGCAGCAACGGUAAUAACAACAGCAACAACAUGACAAAUCCGUUGGGGUUGAAGGACAUUUCAUUUCUCCAGAACAUGUUAAAGAAGACUUCAUCACAACAGACCCAGUCUUCUUCUCCUUCAGGACCUCAGGUCGACUUCAAGUUUAUUCGACCUACCAAAGAAGCCAUUAUUGAGGACUUCACCUUGACACAGUCGAUGAUCAGCAAUCACAACCCAACACAAAAAGAAAUCUCUCUACUGUACGAUUUCAAACCCAAUCAGUGUACCAGGUGCUCGAAGAGAUUUGCAGCAUCUCCCGAGGGGGACUCACUAAUGAGAAAGCACAACGAGUGGCAUGACCGUGUUGAGCAGAGGUUGACCAUGGGCGGUAGCGGCUUGGGCGGUGUUGUCAAUAGAUCAUGGUACUUGACAGAAUCUGCAUGGGUGGAAUUCGACGACUACAGGGAAUCCGAUGAGACUAAGAAGGACGCCCGUCUGGCCUUGGCUAGCACGUCCGUUAGCGUCACCACUGACAGAAACGAUGCCGGCAGAGACUACAGAGACCGGGACGAGAAGAUCGAUCUCAGCGAUGCACCAAAUCACACAGUGACGAUUCCAGAGUCGUCGUCCAACGAGGUUGUCUGUGGCAUUUGUCGAGAGAAACUUGUGGGUGCCUUCGACGAGGAUUCGGGAGACUGGAUUUGGAAGAACGCGGUGGAGCAGAAGGGAAGGGUCUGGCAUUGGACCUGCUGGGAGGAAGCUAAAAGAACCAGCAGGAGAGACCGUUCU